AGUGUUUGAUAGCCAAUUGCGCUCUUAUCGGUCUCAUACUUUCAAGCUUCUCUGUCAGCGCACGACGAAAAGUAUGAGUCAGUUUGCGGGAUAAAAUAUACGGAGCAAUACCUUUCUUUUUCUGGGUUGCGCUAUCGAAUAGCUUAACAUGCCAACAACCUCACUAUCUCAUAAAGACUCCCCUUAAAAUUCUGGCGAUGGCUAAAACAAAGUGGAAUCUGCUGUUUGCAACAUUCAUUUUGUCCUGUGCCUCUUUAACAGUGCUAAUUGUUUCCUUGUGCACUCCCUAUUGGCUUGUGUCGGAAGCGUUCGAAAGCAAUGCGUACAAGAACAGCGAGAUCAAUUAUGGACUUUUCUCUGGAUCACUCACACAGAACUUUCUCCCUGUUCCUCGUUACUUCGACCUAACACUUACUUGUUUGUACAGCGAAUAUGUAUGCGCUUACAGUUGCCAGGACAGCGAAGAAAGCAGAACCGAAGAGGUUUUGUUACUACUUCAAGGUUUACGUCCAGCAGAUUGUCCUUUGCGCAGCUCGAGAAAAGUUUCCGCAGCAAAUAUUAAUCAGCUUAUUUCAUCCGGGCCCAGUGGGAAGGCUAAUGGUCACGAUCGAGCUGAAUUCAUCAAUACCGGACUUUGGGUGUCUACAGUAGUGUUUACAGGAAUUGCUGCUGGAUUCGCGGGCAUUUCCGUUAGCUUCUCCAUUAUAAACGUUCUUUUCAAUCCGGUAGAGCCAAUAUUAAGUGUUUUCGGCUUGUACAUCUGGAAUGGAAUUGCCGCGACUGCUGGCGCUUUGGCCAUGAUCCUUUGGGGAUCGUUGUUUGGUAGUACGUUGCAGCAAAAUAUAGCCAUAACCGACACGCUUACCGUACAGAUACCCUAUAAAUCUAACGGGCUGGCGUCACUCGGGGUAUCUUAUUUUCUCUUACUGUUGCCAAUAGUGUUUCACACUGCUAAUAUUGCAUUAUUGGUUUGGCGUCGUCACAUCAUCAAUAGGGAACCUCCUCCAACAACGAUUGAUGUGGAUCGAUCCGAUUUAACAAUCAUUAUGUAUUAAAAAUGCAAAGGAGAAGUUUUUUAACUAACUGGCUAAUGCGUGAACGGUCUUUGCUAGUUUUAUGGUAAAUAAAUGCAUUUGCUAAAC